GAGGAGGAGGAGGAGGAGGCUGGGCAGUGUGCUGUGAGCUGCUUAUAUCUGCACAAAUGUUGGGGUGGAGAUGACAAGUGUUCGCUGAGGAGGAAAUACAACAGACUUAAUGAGACGGGUCCAACGCCAGCAAUGUCAUGGCAGGACCAGAGGUAGAACAUUUGAAAAGAGCGGUGGGUGGGCAGCGAGUGUGGUCAGUCAAUGUGGCCACAUGGAGACGCUAGCAGCGCCUGUCUCGGAGCCGCCGUCACGUGGCGAGGAUGGAGAGGCAGACCAGAUGGAAGAUGUGUGUGCAGAUGCAGGUGGAAGCAUUGGAGGAGAGGAAGUAUGUCAGGUUUUGGGGAAUGGAGAUGAAGAACGUACUGCACUCAGCAAUACCAUUGGUCAGCUGCUGGAACUUGCACCCCAUGUGGACGACACCGCUGCUGUUGUGCCCCCUGAGCCACCUGAUCUCUCUCCUGGACUCUCUCACAAGGUAAAUGGUGCUGUUGUGCGACGUGUAUCUUACCCAGCAGCUGGCAAGCAUGCGUUACGGCAGCAGGCCCGUAGGCGACGACGUAACACCUCUAUUGCUGCUGGCAAUUCUCCACCAAUAACUCGUGUCACUAUGAAAACUGUUGCAGCUACGUCCCCCAACCCUACAUCACAGUCUCUUCAACCUCUUGUUACCACUAUCCCUACUUCCACCACCACCACUACCACCACCACUGCCAGCACCAUUGCUGCCACCAUUACAACUACUACUACCACCCUUGCCAUUACCACAACUACUGUCACUGUCACUGGAUCUCUAUCCCCAACUUUAACAUACACCACUGUUAAGUCUCCUUCAAACAUCUUAGCAACCACUCCAUCACCACCCAUGUGUAGAACAAGCAGUAAGAUGUCCCAUUCUCCUAACCAGUUUUCUGGCACAAGAUUAAGUAGUAAGGCUUGCUCAUCAAGUAAUCUGCACCCUGUGCUUGGAACAAGGGUGAGCUCUCGAAUAGCGAACAAUGCAGCUACUAGCGGAUCUCACCAGCACAACCCAGGCUCAUCUGUGCUGAUGGGCAUGCCUCAAACUGGUGCUUAUUCCAACUCUCUCUCCUCAGGCACUCAGGCUUCCAGAGUGGUGCGUGUUCCAGUCUCACAGUCAUCCCCUUCUGCACGUGAUGCCUCGUCUCCAUCAAUGACUACUAUGCAGACUUAUCUCGCUGCCAUCCCAGGCUUCAAGCCUCGUAAAAGGUCUCAGCGCAAGCUGUCGGCAGCUGCCCAGUUGGCUCAGACAAAGGAAGGCAAUGUUGAUCUAGAAACUCCAGAUUCUAUUCUUGCUGGCAUCAACCUGCGAGCUGUUCUUAAUAAACAUACUUUUGCCUCUCUUCCACCUGCGUACCAGCAUAGAUUAAUACAGCUCCUACCUUUGGUGGACCAGGCAGUUGGUCCUGAUGAUACACUCAAGUCGCUCACUUCGAGCCGUUGUGGGGUGUGAAGCAGCCAUGGUGUGGCACAGAUGGUGGUGAAGGCAGUGUUAGUAGCCCAUCAUCUCCGUCAGGGGAUACCUACCCUGCAUCUCCUCCAGACUUGUCGCGUGCUUCUCCUGUCUUUACAUCCAACUUUACUCCAGCUCAUAUUGAGCAACUGACCAAAGUUGUUCAGCACAUUGCAAACCGUGACCAGCGGAGAGCUGAGAGAAGGGCUGCUAAGAAGGCUCUUAGAGAAAAGAAAUAUGUGGAACUUGCAAGUUGCUCUUUGGAUUCAAAGAAUUCAUUGUAUACUCCAAGUUCUUCACCAGUUCAUCCUUGCUCAUCGUCUGUACUCCCGUGUUCAUCCCCAGCACGACCCUGCUUGUCAGGAGUGCUACCAUGUUCGCCAGCAGUUCUUCCCUGUUCAUCAGCAUUGCUUCCCUGUUCAUCUGCAGUGCUCCCUUGCUCUCCAUCAGUGCUUCAACAUUCACCAUCACCAGUGCUCUCGUGUUCAUCAUCUGUGCUCCCCAGUUCAUCCUCGUUACAAUCUUGUACUUCCUCAGUGCUCCCCACUUCAUUGUGUGUUGUUUCGACAUCCUUAACUGUAACUCCCAGUUCUCUGUCAUUAAUGCCCAAUAGAAAUAGCUUAAGUACAGUGACGAGUGGCAACCAUACAGUGUUCCCGGUCAGUGACAAAUUGGCUCUGUCAUCUUCAAUUAUGCCCUUAGAUCCAAGUGGAUUCACAAAAGAUGGACUGAAGAGGAAAGAUGCCCUAUCAGUUCCUACAUCUUUACCCACCAAAAAAUUGUGUGUAUCAAGUUCAGAUCUACCAAAUUUUUAUGUUACUAAACAGGGAUCUUCUACACAUCAAUCUCAGAGACUAACAGGCCACAUUAGUACAGUCAGUGAUAUUUCCCGUUCUAGAGUGACAAUUACUCCAGUAAUGGGGUCAGUGCGGCCUGUUUUGAGUGGUGCAAAGGUGCUCAAUUCCCCAGUCAUAUCUCAGGCAAAACCUGGAAGUUCCGGUAAACCUGCAGCCAUGGUCAUGGUCAACUCCUCUUCACCAUCUACAACUGGACAGUUACCAACCUCUCCAGCUUCCAGGACAUCUCCAGGAAUGAUUGUUUCUCCUAGCAUGGCAUCUUCCCCAUCAAGACUUUCUCCUGUAGUGCAAGUUGUUUCCCCUUCUUUACCAGUUGCACUUUCUCCAAGCCCCCCUGUGUCUAGAACGGUAAUGGUGGCUGGCCAUGCACGAUCAGUGGAAGUGUCUUCGUGUACAACAUCCAUCGGUCAGGGACAACGAGCCAUUGCUCAGACAUUACCUUCCUCUUCCAGCACAAGUGUGGCCUCCAAAAUUAAAACUGUUAGGACUCUACCUCAGGGUAUGACAGGCAGUGGGACUAUGACUGUGAAAUUGACAAAAAGCAGAACUCCAGGAGGAAUCAAUAUUCAAAGAUCUUACGAGAUAGUUCAAGCUGUCAUUGCAAACAGCCCCAAUAGGGACCAACUUCAAGCUCAGCUCAAGUCUCCUGCUUCUCUGCUGGCAGAAGUGAAACCUUCUGCAAGCAGUCCUGGAAUAACAACAGCAGUGGUGGUCAGCAAUAGCAAUAACAUCAUCAGCAACAAUAACAGUCACUUGGUAGUCCAGGCAACACCACAGCUUCAGACUAUCACUGUUGUCAAAAAUGUAGCCACCAGUAGCAGUAGUAGUAGUAGCAAUAGUAUAGUCUCACCUGUAACAGGAGCUCAACUUUUGACUGGCAGCUCCCGUACUGGGCGACCAGUGGCUAUUUCUGUGGGUGGUACCUCAGCAUCCGUGGUACAGGCCCAGGGUGGAGCUGCUGCUGCUGCUGCUGCCACUGCUACUGGUGGAACAGUGGUUCUCCGUCAGAUGGUGACACCUCAUCUUGCCACCUCCCAGGUAUCUGCCUCUUCAGCCUCUAGAACCUCAGCAUAUCUGCUGGAUAAAACACCCUUCUUAGCCUGUGGUGGUGGUGCUAUAAGAGACAACAGUGCUUUAACAAAUAUUGCUGAAGCUAGUGUCAUUGUGUCAGGGCAGAGUGCAUUAAAUAACAAUGUUGUUAGUUGUGGUGGUAUUGGUAGUGUUGGUAGUGAUAGCAACAUUGUGGGAAACUCCAGAGAGAAUUUUGGGCUAAAUGGUCAUGGUGGCGAUUCUGGCACAACCAUGGUGGUUGUGUCUCAGUCAACUGGUGGGACUAACAACAACAGUCGUGUGAUGGUGCUGCACCCAGGCAAUGGUGGUCCACUGCUGUUGUCCAUCCCCUCAGAAUCACAACCAGCCAGGACCCAGUCUCUUCCUCUAGGACCCCCUUCUCUUCCAACUACUGCGAUUAGCCCAUCCCCAGUUUCUCCUCUAGGUGUUGGCGCCUCCAACUCUCAUUCAACAUCAGAUUUGACUUCUGUUCCAACUUCUGCAGUUCAGAUGGAUGCGAGGGCAGUAUGGCUCCUCCUGCAGUGUCACCAAGACCCAUCACCAUCCUGCGCCCAUCCACAACAGGUAAAUCCAUUGUUGUGAGGAUGCCAGUGUCUAGCGUGCAGGUGGUGAGACUUGGAAGUCUAUCAAGUCUUAACUGUGAUUAUGGUGGCAACAGUGACAACAACCAGCAGCAGCAUCCUCCUAGAGCAGCCAGUGCUCCACCAAAUAAAAGUGGAGUUAUGGUCGCACUUUCUCCACGACCCUCCAGUGUUGGACCCAGGAUUGUUGUGCAGACUAGUAGUGCUCAGGGCUCGCCUACCACCAUCCUCACGUCUGCCGGACGACAUUUUUUAUCCGAAGGUGACCCCAGUUCAGGUGUAAAUAGCUGUGACAGUGACCAGCUUGUCACGACACGGGCUGGGGCUUCCCGACCAAUUGAAAACUUAUCAGAUAGCUCUAACAGUACCCAAAGCACCGACCACACACCUGUUGCCAGUGCUUCGAAUGCUUCAGUACACUCCAUAAUGAAUGGCAUGGGUAGUUUUGGACAAAGUGGGGCAAUGUCAGUGAACUCCAGCAUAGCAAAUCUAUCACAAAACAUGACCAGUGGUCCUACUGUGAUGUCUCAGUCACAGCCGCACCAACAUCAACAGCCAGUUCCACAAACACCUCUUUCACAACACCCCAGCAUGAAUAUGAGACCCAAUAUGCGCAUGAUGAUGAACAGCAUGCAACACAUGAAUAAUAUGCAACCAAUGAACAGUGUGCAAUCUCUCAAUAACAUGCAUCAAAUAGCUCCAUCUGCAGGCAUAAAUGGAAUGGCAGCAGUGAUGCCACCCAUGAACCAAGGUGUAAACAUGAUGCUACCUCAAGGGAAGAGUGAUACCAGCGAGGAUGGUUGCCCUUGUAACAUGAAAGCCAUGAUCAUAUGCAUGAAAUGUGGUGCAUUCUGUCAUCACGAUUGCAUUGGACCAGCUAGGCUGUGUGUUGCCUGCCUCAUACGAUAGCUUGUGCAUCCUACUUGCUACCUGUCUCCCAGUUUCUUCAAUAAAAAACACUUAGUGAUCCUCAGUCGUUUAUAUGAUUAUCAAAAAGCUUUACUAAAUAGCAUUUUUAAGUUUUGUUUGUGUUGGCUUGCAAUGAGAUGAACACAAAGAGACAUGACCAAUGUGAUGACUCUCACUCAGGAAGGUUUCUUGACCACCCACAAUAUACAGAUCUACUACAGUUUUUAUUGUUAACAUUCUGUGAAUGCUGAAUUAACAUUAAGUAUGUUAACAUGACAAAAAUAGUAAUGGUAUAUGUGAAAAACUUUGAAUUAAUUGUUGUAAUUAUGUGAGUUGGUUUAUUACCCUCCAACUUCAAAUGAUAAUAUAGAUGAAAUAUGUAGUGC